UCCUGUCCUUGUACUUUAUCUCUCCAGUCUAUCUACCUUUCUCAUAUCCUUCUCAUAUCCUCAUCUCUCCUCUCCUUUUUCUUCCUUCUUCUUUUUCCCUCUUUUUUUUCAUUCAGAAUCUCAAUUCACAAUGGGCAGCGUCGCAAAGUCUAACACUUUCCUCUUCACCUCCGAGUCGGUCGGUGAGGGUCACCCCGAUAAGAUUGCUGAUCAGGUCUCUGAUGCCGUCCUCGAUGCCUGCCUUGCUGAGGACCCUCUCUCCAAGGUCGCUUGUGAGACUGCUACCAAGACUGGUAUGAUUAUGGUCUUUGGUGAAAUCACUACCAAUGCCAAGCUGGACUACCAGAAGAUCAUCCGUGGUGCCAUCAAGGACAUCGGUUAUGAUGACUCCGAGAAGGGUUUCGACUACAAGACCUGCAACGUCCUUGUCGCCAUUGAGCAGCAGUCCCCCGACAUUGCUCAGGGUCUUCACUACGAUGAGGCUCUUGAGAAGCUCGGUGCCGGUGACCAGGGUAUCAUGUUCGGUUAUGCCACCGACGAGACUCCUGAGCUCCUUCCUCUCACCCUCCUGCUCUCUCACAAGCUCAACGCUGCUAUGAAGCAGGCUCGUAACGAUGGUUCCAUCCCCUGGCUCCGUCCCGACACCAAGACCCAGGUCACCGUUGAGUACGCUCACGACGGCGGUGCCGUCAAGCCCCUGCGUGUGGACACUGUCGUCGUCUCUGCCCAGCACAGCGAUGAUGUGUCCACUGAGGAGCUCCGUACUGUCAUCAAGGAGAAGAUCGUCAAGAAGGUCAUCCCCGCUGAGCUCCUGGACGAUCGCACCGUUUACCACAUCCAGCCCUCUGGCCGCUUCGUCAUCGGUGGUCCUCAGGGUGAUGCCGGUCUCACCGGCCGUAAGAUCAUCGUCGACACCUACGGUGGCUGGGGUGCCCACGGUGGUGGUGCUUUCUCCGGAAAGGACUACUCCAAGGUCGACCGUUCCGCUGCCUACGUCGGUCGUUGGAUCGCCAAGUCCCUUGUUCACGCCGGCCUUGCCCGCCGUGUCCUUGUCCAGCUCUCCUACGCCAUUGGUGUCGCUGAGCCCCUCUCCAUCUUCGUCGAGACCUACGGUACCUCUGACAAGUCCUCGGAUGAGCUCGUCGAGAUCAUCCGCAAGAACUUCGAUCUCCGCCCUGGUGUCAUUGUCAAGGAGCUCGACCUUGCCAAGCCCAUCUACUUCCAGACCGCCAAGAACGGUCACUUCACCAACCAGAGCUUCCCCUGGGAGAAGCCCAAGACUCUCAAGUUCUAAAUGCGUCCUGAGUGACCGCGUAGAACUUGUUGUCUUUUGUUUUUUGACGAAUGUGAUGAAUUUGCUUUGUUUUCAACAACUCAAAGCAUGAGAGCAUAGACAUAUUUCGAAAAAGCCUUUUUCUUCUUUUCUUCGGACCUUUUUCUUUAUUGAUAUAUUUGCAUGGUCUCCUGCAAAAAGGAGACUGGUUUGGGCGAGGAUAAAUUCAACAUGAUACCACUUUCAUCUAUUGGGCAGGGAUGUUUUCGGCGUUUCAGGGAGCGGAAGUCUUCAACACAUGCCUCCUCCGAGGCCAUCUACUAGACUACGAGCGCUAUCUGGCUAGAUCAGCCUGUGGCACAUGGAUCCAUGUGCUCCGGAUGAUGUCUCCUCGAAGGAGAGAUGUCGGUGGCCAGUUGAAAGGAGCUUGGUCUUCUUUAACCGUCGUCUCGAGCUAAUCUAAACAUUAGCUAUAUAGAAUAAUCCACGACACAUUUAUUCAUGU